AUGAGUUUCCCGCCUGUCGCAGAUCCUUCCUGUUUCGUACCGAGUGAGCUCCCUGAAAUUAGGACUCAAACACUACGUGAGACGAUUGAAGAGGCACGGCUGUUAUGCAUUAAUGAUGAUAUUGAAAGGUCCCGAGAGUUACUCGACAGAUCUUCCUCAUUAGAGCAUUUUGACAUGAACGAUUUGGGGUUGGUAAUGAUGGAGGCCAUCACAAAAGGCAAUGAAGCCACCAAGCACAUGUCCAAGAAAGCGCUUGAAUUCUUCAUUAAAAGAGGAUGGGAUAUCAAUGAGUUAAUGGGCAAAACUCAACCCCCUGCUCUAGGGCUUGCCAUACACGAUGAAGAUAUGACCACUUGGUUUCUAGAUCAUGGAGCCGAUCCCAAUAAGCGAGCUUUUACUGAUAUUACUCCACUCUCGUUGGCAGUUGAACGUGCUUCCAUUUCAACUAUCCGUCUAAUGCUCGAUCGGAUCUUAGAUUUACUCAUUGAAAAAGGCGCACCUCUGAAUACUCCCAUCCAUGAAGAUUGGCGUACAUUCGCAGUGUUCUGCUUUAUGCCUUUAGGGACUGCUCUGCAUAGGGCAGCUGAACUGGGUAAAGUUGAUGUGGUUCGCUAUCUGCUGAGCAAAGGGGCUGACCAGGGUGUCAAAGAUACCGGAGGUCUUACAGCUCUGGAUUUGGCCCGAAAGCAGAACCAGUUGGAAGUCGUUGAGGUGUUGGGGAAAGGAGAGUAA